AUGAAAUAGAUUUAAAAGAGAAAAAAUAAUGCCAAAUAGUAAGAAAAGAAAAAGUUUGAUUCCUCUCAAUUAAUCAAGCUGAUGACGGCCUAAAAGUAAAAAUAAUAAAAAGGUUCUAAAGAUGUUGAAAAUCUUAUUGGAAUGAGCUUUUAUAAAAUUCCAAUAUAAAAAUUUUCACCAGAAAUAAAUCAGUAUCUCCAAAAAUACAAGAAAGAAAGUAAGAAUAUGCAUAAUUUCAAAGCAACUGUAAGCUUUAUUUAAUGCAAUCUUUCUUCUCUAGAAGGGUUGAAAUUUGAUGGCAAAUAAGUUAAACAUUUGAGAGCAGAUUACAACAGUUUGAAAGGAGAUUCACUAUAAUUUAUAGCAUAGAAUUUCCCCAAUUUGCUUACUUUAAAUCUGAAGCAUAACUAAAUAGCAAAUUUAGAAGAUUUGGUGCAUUUACAACGAUUAAAAAAUUUAGAAUACCUAAAUCUAUCAUUUAAUCCAGUUAAACAGUUUUAAGAUUAUAAAUCAACUAUUUUUUAAUAUUUACCUGAAUUGUAAAAUUUAGAUAAUGAUGCGGAUGUUGAUGAUUCUAUGUAAGACACAAGUGAAGACCUUAUGCUCUAUAGCUCAGAAGAGGAAAGUGAAUCCAGUUUUGAUGAUUAUGAAGAAAGCAGCGAUGAAGAUUAAAAAAAAAAAAAUAAACGAAAAAAGGUCAAGAAAUGA